UCUGGCAAUUGUAAACCUGCAGCACUUCAGCCAGAAUGAUAGAAGCACAAGUGUAGAACAGACUAGCUGGUCCUUUGUAUUUUCAGCCCUGUUUUCUUGUGGACAUUCCGAAAUUUAGUCUUACAUUCUCCUUAGUCUCUUCAAGUCUUCAGUAAAGGUACAUCAGACGCUGUCAAGAUGGGCUGCUUUGGAUUUUUGAAAACAAUGAUGUUUAUCUUUAAUGGCAUUAUCUUUCUGGCUGGAGCAGGUAUCUUGGCUGUAGGUAUCUGGGUAAAGGUAGAUAAUAACUCGAUCAUGGGCGCUCUACAAGGUCUGUCUGGGGCACCACCUGAGCUGAAACAGGUUCUGAAUGUAGGCUACCUGCUGAUUGCUGUGGGCGGUGUGCUGAUGCUGCUCGGCUUCCUGGGCUGCUGUGGCGCUGUUCGAGAAAGCAGGUGCAUGCUGCUUACGUUCUUUGUCAUUAUCCUGCUAGUCUUUAUUGCUGAGGUUGCUGGAGCUAUUGUGAUUUUGGUCUUCAAGGGAGUGAUACAAUCUCUGAUAGCUCAAGUGGGAGUCACUGUAGUGGACAGCAUUCGCAAAGAUUACGGCGCUAAUGCAGAUGUCACGGGUCUGUGGAACACCACUAUGGACUUGCUGAAGUGCUGUGGAUUCAACAACUAUACAGAUUUCACAGGUUCCCCUUUUGUCCAAACCACCAGUCUGUAUCCAAAGCAGUGCUGUCAGCUUCAAUCCUGUAGCCAACAAAAUGCUACAAUUGCGAAUGUUAAUGGAUGUUACCCUGCAUUGAUCAAACUUUUUGACUCAAAUUCAGUUGUCAUCAUAGCUGUGGCCUUGGGCAUCGCUGCACUUGAGCUCUUCGCCAUGGUUGUCUCCAUGACCUUGUACUGCCAAAUAAAAUCUACAGAAGCCUGAAACCUGACCAACAGAACAAUCCCAACAUUCGAAAUUUACAAAUACAUAUUUACUGAAAGCUUUUUCAAAAUAAAUGAAUUGA